GAAGCCAAGAAAUUCCCGAGGGGCGUGCCGAUACAAAGGCUGGUGACAGUGAAGGCUAGGAAAGCAACACAAGAUGGAGGCAGUGCCACGGCUGCGCAUGCUGGGCUUCGAGCUUAAAUCCAGCGCUGAAAGUGUUGAAUUUGGACCAAAACUAAGACAGUAUAUAAGGGACCAUUACAAUGAAGAUCCUGACAGCUACAGUGCUGAAAUUCAUGAGCUGGAGACUUUACGGGCAUCAGCCACCCAUGCCCCUCAUGACUUCACUGGCUGCUCUCUCCUUAAGAAAUAUUACUGUCAGCUACACUUCCUUGUCUCCAGAUUCCCCCUCAGUGAGAACCCCAGCAUUGCCAUCACAUUCAAUUGGUAUGACAUAUACUCCAGUGUAGUUUACAAUGUGGCUGACAUCAAGUAUGAGAUGGCAUGCAUCCUCUACAACAUUGGGGCGCUGCAUACUGACCUUGGGGCCAUGGAUGCCAGGAACACUCCUGACGGCAUGAAGAUCAGUUGCACACAUUUCCAGUGUGCAGCAUGGGCUUUCCAGCACCUGCGUGAAACAUACCCUCAGCCUCGGGAAUCUGACCUGAGUCCAACACUGCUAACCUUCAUGUACAAUGUAGCAUUGGCCCAGGCACAGGAGUGCAUCCUGGAGAAGAGCAUGACAGACAACCGCAAGCCCACCAUCAUAGCCAAAGUUGCUAUGCAGGUGGUAGAGUACCUAAAGGCUGCCAUGAAGAGUCUCUGGCCAGGGAAGUCUACAGAUGCAGUUGUUGCAGAUAUUGUGGGAUCCAGAAAAUUAAAGAUGUGGCGGAGAUACUGUGAGUUCAAGGUGGCGUACCAUGGUGCUGUGGCUUUGCUGUACCAAGGAAUGCAAGCUGAGGAGCAGCAAAAGAUGGGGGAGCGGCUGGCAUACUACCAGGCAGCAGUGGAUGCUCUGACUGAGGCCUCCAAACUGGCCAAGAAUCUGGAGCAACAAGAGCUCAUAACUGAGAGCCUGACGUUCUCCCAUGAUGUCAUGGGAGGAAAGCUCACAGCUGCCCAGAAGGAGAAUGAGUUUGUCUACCAUGAGAAAGUACCUCCCAUUGCGUCCCUGCCUGAGGUGAAGGGUGCAUCACUGGUGAAGGGCAUUCCAUUCAGUGUGAAUGAUAUGGAGGUCUCUGGCCAGGACAUUUUCAUGAAGCUGGUGCCUCUGGAAGCUCACCAGGCCUCCUCCAUGUACAGUGAGGAGAAGGCCAAACUGCUGCGGCAAAUAGGCACAGCCAUCCAAGAAAAGAAUGAGGAGCUAGAAACAUACCUGGCUUCCAUGCAGCUGGACACCCUCACCAUAGACUCAAACUCAGAUGCUCUACCUCAGGAGCUGGUUGAAAGUUGUGCUGACCUAAAUGCCAGCAAUGGAGUCAAGAAACUCACAGACAUCAUGGCAAAGAUAUCCAAUUUUUCUCAUGAUAUAAAUGCAGCUCUAGAAGAAAUCAAAAGAUUGCUUGGGGAGGAGGAAGAAAAAGAAAAGGAAUUCAAUGCAAUGAUGGGGAAACAGGCACCCAACAUGAUCCUUGGGGACCUGCGGCGUGAGGCUGGCAAAUACCGUGAGGCAACUCAGAGUGCCCAGGACAACAAUGUAGCCCUUCACCGUGCCAUCACCACCCACCUGCCCAACCUCCAGCUCCUCUCCAAACCUCUUGACCAAGUGAUGGCAGCUAUACCAUCUGUGGCAAGUGUGGAAGCCCAGGGAGAUCCAGCAACCAAGCAGGAGGUAAAAAGACUGCUCAGCAAGGUGCAUGAGAUGCAGGCACAACGUGCCAAGUGGGAUGCUCAGCUACGCUCAGACAUUCAGGAAGAUGAUGUCACUAAGCAGUUGGUGACUAACCAAGAGGACAUGGAGGACUUCUUCAAGAUUGAACUCAAGAAGCAUGACAAACUGGUUGCUCUGCUGGAACAAAAUAUGGCUGCCCAGGCCAACAUCCUGCAAGCACUUUCAGAAGCCAAUGCUGCCUACGCCACCACACGGAGGCUUACCAACCAGGUGCAGGCACAGCGGACAGAAACUAUUUCUUCCUUAAUGGCAGCAUACAGUGCCUAUCUCAAUAUCCUAAAGAAGGCAGAGGAUGCUGAGGAAUUUUACCACAAACUGGAGGGACAAGUAAACAAAUUGUCUUCCCGAGUCAAGUCUCUGUGCAGGGUACAGGAUGAGAAGAGGGAAGAGGUGCUAUCUGCUAAUGUAAAAAAAUUUACUGGAGGUGCCCUUGGAUCUAAGAAGCCUUCUGUGAUGCCAGGUCAAUCCACCAACAUGGAGGUGACCUCAGGAACAUCAGGACCCAAACUGAAAGACUACCUACAGCAUAUGAAAGGUGGUAGUGGUGUGGGUGCUGCAGGAGUUGCAGCGGGUAGCAUGGCAUCCACUCAUCCUGGGACAGUAGGAUAUGAUCCGGCUGCCUCUUAUGUUAGUGGAGUGAGACCUGCUCCCUUAGGUUCAGAACAGAAUGAUCCCUUGACCUCAUGCAGUGGCCAGGGUAGUGGUGCAGGUUACUCUACAAGCUAUUCAGGUGCAACCUCAGCCUACCCUCCCUCUGCUCCCUCUCCAGCACCCUCUCCUGCCCCACACAGCUCUGGUUCCCCAUACAAAACCCCUUAUGGUGCACCUGGUAGCCAAUACUAUCCUCAGCAGCCUGGAGCAUCUUACCCAGCUGCCUCUGGUGGGAUGGCUUACCCUCCAGCCCAGCAUUCUACUGCACCAGCAUCAAACAUCCCAGCUCCAGCACUUGCAAGCGCAGCAACUGCACCUCAGCCAGUCCCCACCACAGCCACGCACACUGGUGGCUACAUGCCCUCACAGACUGGAGGCCAGUAUGGCAGUCCUUAUAGUUAUGGUUCUCAGUACCCAUACUAUGGCUAUCAUAAUGCAUCUGCAGGAUCUACAAGCACAGCAACAGCUUCAGCCACUGCUUCUGGUAUGCCUCAGAUCCCACCACAGCACAGUGGUCCAACUACAGCCACUCAGCACCAGUCCCAACGACCACAGCAGCCCCAUCCCCAGCAACCACAGCCCCAGCAUCCACAACAUCCACAGCAACAACAGCAUCCCCAUCAUCCACAGCAACAACAGCAUUCACAGCAAAAGCAACAACCACAGCAUCCACAGCAAACUCAGCAACCCCAGCAUCCUCAGCAAACUCAGCAACCACAGCAUCCUCAACAACCACAGCAGCCCCAACCUGUCUCAGGUUACUCAGCAUCUGUGCCUGCAGGCUACACAGCAGGUACACAAGCAGCAACAACCAGUGGGGUGACAGGGACCACACAAAUGCCACAGUCUGGCACUGCCGGUACCCAGGGUUAUUACAACUACCACCAGCAUCAGCCAGGUGCUGCCCCAACACCAGCAGCACCAACAAUGGCAACCCCUCAGAGUUACCACCCAUAUCAGUAUUCACAGAAUCAAGCAGGUCAUUUCACGAUUGCCUCCAUGUACAUUCAGGCUGGCUCUCACUACUCGGCAAACAGUAGACCUAAUGAUGAUAGUAAAGCUGGUGGUGUGGUGUACUCCAACCAGUCCAUCUCUGCAGGCCAGAUGACCUCUACCACCAAGGCACAACCACCAGUCAGCACCCAGCAGGGACCCAGACACCCUGCUCAAACUUACUCUACUAGCCCCUCAGUAACAACACCACAAGCAGCAAAUCUUUACACUCAUUGGAAUAUGUAUGCCAAUUAUCCCCAGGUUGGUAUAUCAUCUACUAGUGUCAGUCAGGCAGGUUCCACAUCCACAAACACAAGUAAGUCUGGCUUGCCAGAGUACCCUCUCAACACUGUGGCUACCACUACCACACCAAUGCCCACUGUCACUACCGACAGUAACCAGGUGGGCCCAAAAGCCAGCCAGAUGCCCAUUUCAAACUCAUAUUCUCAAGGAGUUCAGUAUAAUAAUCCCAUGAUGUGGGCACAAUAUGGUGGGCACCAGCCACAAUACCAACCAAGACCUGGCCAGUUGCAGCAACCACAGCAGCAGCAACAGCCACAGCAACAACAGCAGCAGCCACAGCAACAGCAGCAGCAGCCACAGCCACAGCAACAGCCACAGCCACACCAACAACAACAACAACAACAACAACAACCUAGUCAUGCUUAUUCACAGCAAGCAUAUCCUCAGCACCAGACACAUCAGUACCCUGCAAAGCCUCAGCAACAUCCAGUACAGCCUCAGCAAUACCCUCAUCAAUCCCAGCAAUAUUCAUACCCACAACAUUCACAGCAACCACAGCAAAUGCCCACUCAGCCAUCACAGCAACAAGCUGCCCAACCCCAACAACCUCUCCAGCCACAGCAGCAGCAGCCCAAACAACCUGCACUGCCUCCCCAGCACCCACAAGGAACCACCACCAAUGCCUCCGCCACCACCACAGCAGCCUCUGCCUCUUCAUCAACAUCUGGAAUUUCUAACUUGGAUCUCCUGUCUGGCAUUGAGUUGACUUCUCCCAGUUCUCAGUGGUCCCCCCUCACACCUCAGCCAGCAGGGAGCAGACAUUCAGUUGAACCUGCUAGUGAGAGAGGACCUACUCCAGCUCAGUCUAGCACAGCUCCUGAUGUCACCUCAUCUGCUGCUGCUGCUGCUUCCAUUCAACAGGUGCCAGUUACAGGAAGCAACUUACCCAACGUAGUGUCAAGUAACACUGCUGUAGUGACUAGCACCAGCAGCAGCACCUCUUCAGGACCACUGUCCUCCAACAUACUGGACCUGACUGCCCUUGCCAAGAGUCGUAAGCUUAGUGUGGUGGACCCUCUCACGGAUGAUGAAAAGCUGCAGAAGCUGGCUGGAGAGACAGAGCGGCUGAGUAAGAUGGUGGAGGGCUUGGACCGGAGAUCUCUCAAUGGACCCACCAACCUAGAGCUUAAGUGGAAAGAGAUGGUUGAUGGUGUGGAGAAGGAGUGUGGUGAUCUCAAAGUGUCAGUGGCUCGGUGUUAUCCCCUCAAGAACAGGUUUGCUGACAUUCUCCCCUUUGAUCACACCCGUGUCAUCCUCUCCUCAUCUCCUCGAGAUGACUACAUCAAUGCUUCACAUGUACAGCUUAAGUUGGUAGAGGACAGCUUCCCAAUGAUUCUGACACAAGCGCCAGCAACUUCCACCUUCUUAGACUUUUGGACAAUGGUAUGGGAGCAGCAGGUGGAGCUUAUUGUAUGCCUCAAUUCAGAUGCUGAGGUGAAAGGACAAGUGUACCAUGGAAAUGAGGUGUCCAGCAGUGUGGACUAUGGUCCCCUUACAGUGGUGGUGCACAGCCUCCGCUCAGGCAGCUCCUCCACCUCAUGUCACAGAGUGCUGCACGUCACCCAUCGCACCACCAAGAUCACCCGGGUUAUCAUACACCUGCAGUUCCUUGGUUGGCCUCCCAGUGCCAUGCCAGAAACACCAGGGCCACUGCUACAAUUUGUUGGAGAGGUGCACACUUUCCAGCGUCAGCAGAGGAACAAGAUGCGGCCUGUUGUGGUGCACUGUGUUCCAGGCCUGGGUCGAUCAGGAGUGCUUGCUGUCCUCUCAUCAUUCAUCAAGGAGCUUCAUACCAGUGGCAGCCUGAUAGACCUGACAUCCUUGGUGGUGGAUCUGAGCAAACAGAGGCGUGGUGGUGUUCAGGACAAGGAUCACAUGUACUUCCUCUUCUCUGCGGCUCUCUAUUAUGCCCAGGAUGUGCUGAUGAAGCGUGGCAUCUUGACCAAUAAGGCCACAUUUGAAGAGGGUCCCAGAGAAAAAACUCAUGUACGUCAUCCCUCAGCUGACCUCCUCUCUUCAUAUGACCUUUCCCGGCUUAAAAGCAAACUUGGAUUUGACCAAGAAAGUGGCAAGUCUGGCAGUGAGGAAGACCAGUCCUCCAGCAACUCAGCCACUUGUAAUGGUUCAUCAUCUGCUGUGGAGGAACCAGUGUCAAAAGAGAGUGUCAAGACAUCAGAUCCCUCAAGCACAGCAACUACAGGCAUUGCUGAUACUGACUUUGAUAUUGGGGUGAAGGGUGAUGAGGGAGGCAAGGAGAGGGAGGUUGACACCCUAGCAGCAGCACUAACCAAACCAAGUGGAACAGUGGACCCAGGCUUUGCUUCUCUCCCUCCAAGCCUGGCAGCCAGUAUGGACCCACAGCAGUUCAAGCUUGAACCACCUGUGCUGGGAAAGCCUAAUAAGAUAACAAAAGAAAACUUUGAGAAUGUUAGCGGUGGAGGUCUGAAGAAAACAGAUGACCCAAGUGAUCCAUUUAGUGGACUGGAUCCUCUCUGGUCACACAAGAAAUCUUCAUCUUAGUGUACAGGUAUAUAUGCGUAUGUUAAAUGUCUUUAAUGCCAAGAAAUAUUUUAUUUACAUUUAUAUAGGUUGCUCCAAAAGGCAUGCCUCCAAUUUUUACCUUGAAUACUGCUAGGGGUGGGGAACUGGGAACUGAUAUAUAUAUAUAUAUAUAUAUAUAUAUAUAUAUAUAUAUAUAUAUAUAUAUAUAUAUAUAUAUAUAUAUAUAUAUAUAUAUAUAUAUAUCAUAGCUCAUGACUUUAUGCAUAUACUUAAUUUUCUAGUGACACCUCUUCAUGCUGCAAGCACUGAAAAGAGCCCAUAUUCCUAUCUCUUAAGUUAACAUCAUCAAUGUGCAUAGUUAAUUUUUAAAAGCCACAAAGUUGGCGUUAUUUUAGGAAAAUGUUGCCCUUGUACUUCAUCUUUCAGGUACUGUUUAUCUAUCCAUCUAUCUAUAUAUCUAUCUGUGUCUCUGCUACCUUGCUUCAUCCUGGAGUGUCUCCUAAGGGAAUGGCUGUAGCAGAAGAGCCUUCACCUCACCUGAUCCAAAUACUCCCUUCUUGUUUGUUCAAGUGCUUCACCAUUACUAGCACCUCUGUUACACUUGUACCCUGCACUUCACCUUCUGACUUAUGUAUGGCCUUUUUCUUCUAUUGGUAUCUUCAGUUUCAUUCACGUACACUUUCUUUACAAACUUCAUUCUGCAUUCUCUAAGUAUGUUCAAACCAUUUCAGUGUGUUUCUUUUCAUUCUUUCCAUUUACACAGGUGUUUAUACUCCAUAUCAUACAUGUUUUCAUUGCUCUCACCUACCCAUCUCACUCCACCUGGCUCCCUCAGAUGAGUGAUUUCUACAGCACUCCACAUGCCCCUCUCAGAGUUAUUUGAAAGGGACAUGUGAAUGUCAAGAUGGGACUGUGAGAGCAAUGAAGACACAUAUAGAAGACAUGGCACAAACUCCUGUGGAUAUUCUAUCUAUGUGGCAUUUUAGAUGCUAAAUUGAUUAAAUUUUUGACUAGGAAAAACCAAGACUCCACAGGUAAAUGCACUUAAAUGAAAUCAAGAUUUUAUGAACAAGGUGACAUGAAAAUGGAAAGUGAUUGUUGUAUAAAUGUAGAAUUUGAGAAAGCAUUAUGUAUAGAUGGUAUAAUAACUGAAAUAUUGAAAUAUGGAUGAGCCAGACUGAUCAGAUGCAUAUCAUGUGUAACUUAGCUGGGAAGGAAGGAAGAGUUCUUGAAGACUGAGUAAAAGCUGCAAAUGGUAUGUAUGCAAGUGCCACUGUUAGAGAACUGAACUGCAGUAGAUGUUGACUUAAAGAAGUAUUCAAGGAAAUAUUAGAAGGCAUUACUUUUAGUGUAGUCCUCAUACUUGAUUCACAAUAUAUAACAGCAUAUCAAACUAUAAUCCAUUUGUCUUUAGAAUGAAAAUUCAAAUAAUGGCUGUAAUUAUAGUUAAUUAGUGUCCACUUAGUAAUGAACAGUAAUGUUUCAUAGAGGUUGUAUCAUCAGUAUCUAUUUUUUAUGCCAGUUGUAUCUACAGCAACACCUAAGGAGAGAAGUGUCAUUUAUUCCAUUAUUGCUUCACUUGGUAAAAAAGUACAUCUCACUAUAACUGAGCUCUGAGAAAGUUUACAUAUUGAAAGUAGUGUAGACCCUGAGAGAAUUGUAAUGUUGGGUGGAAUGCUAAUAUUUUCAGCCAAAAUUUUGGCAGCCAAGGCUGUGCCAGCAGAUAAUAUAUUAGUUGAUGGAGCAACUUGAGUAGUAGUUUGUCUGACCCAGGUGAGGUAAUGGCAUAGUGAGUUUGCUUGACCCUAGUGGUGAGGCAUGUCAUCUCUGCUGACACUGGGCUGGGCAGCAGGUGCUAGCAGGUUGUCAUAAGGUAAAGUUAAAGCUCUUUGUUUUUGUUCAAUCUGGUUUUGGUGAGAAUACUUCAUAAUGAUACACUGAUGUAAAUUUUACACUGUUUAUGGUAGAGUUGUCAAAUCAAAAUUUAUUACCUUGAAAUAAUUACAUUUUUCCUUUAGUCAUUCUGAUGAUGAUCACUAUUUGUAAUACUUUAGUUUUGGAUCCAUUUUACUUUCAGAAACUUAUUCCACUCUCAAAUACAUUUCAUUGUUUCCAUAUUAUGUUAAUGGGAAUAUAUACAGUAUCAGUAUUUUCAUUAUGAUGAGAUGCACCUUGCAAACUUCGUCAUUCCUUAAUUCUUUUAAGCUAUUUAAUUCGUUUAUGAUUAGUUAAUUUUUCAUUGAUUUAAUAAAUGUCCAUUGUUAAGAAGAUUGUCAGAACAUCUCUUUGAUGUGGACAUUGUGAUCCCUCAAGAUCUGUCUUGCAUAUUGUAAGACAGUAUCUCCUGCAAAUCUGGACCAAGAAAUAUUUUUGUAAAUAUUCUCUGAAUCUUUCACAUAAGUUUGUGGGGUGUACUUUGUGGACAUAUAGAUUUCUGGGGCAUAUUAUUAGUGGUAGAAGAAUGUAAUUUGCAGUUAUGUCUAUACUGUGAAGAAUGUGGUGUAGUUGGUGAAGCCACACUGAAUGCAACCCUUGUGCUUUUAACUUUUAUCUUGUUUAUGUGAAUCAAACAGAAUUCUUACCGUUGACUAUUAUCAGGAUGGUCAUGAAUCUUAGGGUUAUUAUUCCCAAUACUCAGUGCCACAAACAAUUAAGUGAUUAAACAUCUAGUGAUAAUUAAUGGCUGUAUGAAAGAUAUGUAAAGUGUGGAGUCAGUCCAGUGAAGCUCACCUGAUGCAGAGUAGCUGAAUUAGGUACUUGUAAUAUCUGAUAAUUUGUUGUAUCUGUUCUGAUCUUACCACAUUAUCAUAAGGAAAAGCUUAAUUUUAUAUAUUAUAAUCUACAUAAGUUCCUAAGAAUAUAUACUAGUUACCAUGUAUUUUAAAAGAUUACUGGACGUGAGAGUGAUUGCCUUAGUCCCUGAGCAGUAGGGAUUGUCACUACCUGCUUGUGUCAUCCGUUUGUUGUGAUUGAUCACUGUGAUGUUUUGUAUAUGGAAAGAGUCUCAACUAUUGGUCUUCAUGGUAUCCAUAAACUUUGAACUAUGUCGCAUUGAUUACAGUAACCAAUAAAGAAAUGUUAAAAUCUGUAAGAA